AUGAAUUCUUUAUCCAUUUCUUAAUCUCCAAUACUUAGAAGUUUAAUUGUGGAUCCUAAAAGCAUCAAUUUACACUUAAUAUGUGUAAUAUGUUAAGAAUUAGUUGUAGAUCCUAAGGAGUGUAGUGGAUGUAAAAUACUAUUUUGUUCUAUAUGUAUAUUUAAAUAGUUAGAGAAAAAUUAAUCUUGUUAAAAUUGUUGUCAAAACAUUAGAUUGAACGAUUCUCAUCCAAUAGUAAGAAAUUUAAUCUCUGAAAUACAGAUUAAAUGUAUAAAUGAAGGAUGUUCUCAAUAAAUGUAACUCUCAAGACUAGAUUCUCAUUUGAAGUAAUGCGAAUACGAAAAAACUAACUGUCCACAUUCUGGCUGUAAUUUCAAAGACUGUUUGCAAUAAAUGAAGGUUCAUUAAUAGAUAUGUGGAUACAUCACUAAAACUUGUUAGAAAUGUAAACUAAUUCAUAAAAUGAAUGAAGAGCAUGAUUGUCUGGAUAUUGUAAUAAAAAAAAUUAAAUUAAUGGAGAAGUAGAUAUAAUAAUAAAACAAAAUCAUAAGGAAAUUAGCAAAAAGACUAGAUUAAAAUGAAAAAAAAAAAAAUUAAUAAAUUAAUGAUUUGUGUUAACAUGAAUUUGAGUAAAAUUAAGUGAUGGUGAAAUGUGACAAAUGUCAUUUGAAAAAUACACAAAGUAUUUGCAAAAAGUGUGGUGUAUGUUAAUGUUUGGAGUGCUAAUUGUAUGAAAUCAUUUGA